AUGGCGUCUGCUCAGGCUGACGAAGGAACUGGGGGAUCUCUGAGGUUUUUCAAGUCGGGGGCGAGUGCUGUGUCGACUGCCUCGCGUCUGUUGUCGACCGAGACGACAGCUAGCGAUUUUUCUCGGUCCAGGCGGCCGACUUCUCGCCUUCCGACUGAUCCGUUCGUUUCUCCUGAGAACGGCGAAGCGCCGGAAGCACUCUCUCUGGGCUCUCCUUCCUUUUCCAAGACUCGGCCUUUGAGCACUGAAAGGGCCUCCACGAUGAGAGCCGUCGCGCCCUCUCUUUCGCGAUCGAAUUCCCAGACUGCGUCUCUCAGGACCCGAUCCAUCUAUGAGGAGGAACGGUUCUCUUCUUUCCAGUUCUCGAAAACUGCCGACGACAGUGGAGCGGGAUACUCUGGUUUCUUGCACAGAAUGCCUUUCGCAUCUGCAGAGGGGAACGCGGGGUCCACAGCAGGGCGCGCAGGCACUCCGUCGUUUCCCCGCUUAGACGCAGAAAAGGACACCUUGUCAGAUGCCAACAACAGCCCGAGCUCCUUGGCGCGUUCUGUGGCAAGCGGUUCUCACAGCAAAGGAGGCGCUGCUGUUUUGGCAUCUUCUCUGCUGCAGCGGUCAAGAAACGAGAGACUGACCGGCAUGCGCGCAUGCGCCGAGAGCAGAAGCUACGGCUCAGAGGCUGCCGUGGCCGGGGAAAAGAGCAGUCGAUUUCUCACGAGUCUGUACGAACCAGAGAGGGAAGGCGCCAGAGCGCGACAGUCGGGGGAUCGUUUCGAAGGCGGGACGCGUUUAGAGUCUUUCGCUCUGUCGACCCGGCGACGGGGCAGUGACUUGGUUUCAACGGGUCGCCUCCACGAGAGCAAAGCCCAGGCCUCUUCUGUUCCAACAUUUCUCCGCACUUCCCACGAGGCGACGUCGCCAGUCUCGGGCCGCGGUGUCUAUACAGAGCAGUCGCGUCGGCUUGAGGAGCGGGAGCAGGAUUUCGGCCGCGACAAACCGUCGUUUCUCUCCGCUUCCUCGUCGCCGAGGCAGCAGCCCGAUCCGCUGCGGAGCUCGUCUCAGAGCUCCAGUCAGAACGGCGUAGUACUUCUGUCGUCCCGGAAUCUCCACGUGCCUGCAGAGCGGGGAUCCUUUCGCAGUGAACGCCUCGUGUACACGUCCUACGGAGGGGGAAAGGGCGCAGUGUCUCAUCGCGAAUCGGAAGAAAACGUGAAGGCGGCGCCAAGUGCGUCUCGCCACUCGGGACUUUCCGACGGGAGACUUGACUUGGGAGACUCCAGUGAACGCAGCCUCCACAGAAGGGGACCAGCGAGAGACUCCAGCGGGGCGCGCGUGGGCGACACACAUCUCACGAACCGCGCCUUUCUCGUGAACGGAGACUCGCCGAAGUCUGCUGCGGCAGACCCGCACGCUCGCCUCGGCGACGCAGCUCCCGAGCGGUCGUCUUUUCCGCGGGGCUCCUUGUACGAGAGCCGACGCGAAGGCGAGGGGCUGUCGACAAGUCAGUUUGCAGAACGUGGGCGGAGCGGAGACCUCGUCGGCGAGGACGGGACGAGGGGAGAACCCGUGGAGCGACGCUGGGGAAGCAGUCUGGGUCUGUCUGGUGCGAGAAGUACAGGGCGAGACGGCGAGACUCUGCAUGCGGUGACAAGACGCCACCACGGAACCGAGAGAGAAGCAGACGGAGGCGACACCUUGUUCUCUCCACUUGGUUCGGGACGCGACCAGUCGCUCGUUUCGCCUCGGAGGGGAGACAAACCGACGCACUUCUCCGACUUUGGUCUCGGGGCGUCGCGUCGGGAACGCGAGUCGGCAGCUGGAGUCUCUUCGCCGCUCGCCUCGCGGCCCGAGCUUUUGGCAACUUCCCGUCCGCCCUUCCUGCCGCCCGCUUCGUUCGCGACAAGUGACGGAUCGACAGACAGGGCCCUGGCGGCCUCUGUCCGUCCGAAAUUCCUAGGAGACAGUGGACACAAAUCAGAGCUUCUCGCGUCGUCGCGGGACGGUGAGUCGCCGUCUGGGCGCGGAGCGGCGCGGGGAAGCACCGAACGGGGCUUGAGCUUGCUGCAGUCUUCCGCGGUUUCCAGGAGAUCAGGCUUUCUGCCUGCGACGCCGGCGGACGAGACGGAUCGAGAGCGCGAAGAGCGUCUCCCUGCGGCAGGUCCAAAGACUGCGGGCCUCGAAGGAGACACACAGAGCGGGGAGUGCGAGUCUACGAAGGGUUCCGGUUUUCGCUCGGCCCGCGUCGGCGCGACAGAGAUGCCUGGAGGCGGGCGGGUAAGUGACGGCAGCCGUGUGCGGAGCAACUCGGCGCUCUUGCGCCUCUCCCAAGGGUUGCAUCCUCCUCUUCCGCGGGUCCAACGUGUGGGAGAAGAGGUCUUCCAGCGGGAAGAAGACGGCGUGGAGAGAUGCGGUGUGCGGCAAAAGCGAGAUCGAGAAGUGCUUUUCUCGCGCUCCUCGUCGACUCUUAGAGCGACAGUCCCGACCCGCCCGGUCCUGCGGUCUCUGUCGCAGCCUGCUCCUGGCGCAGGGUCGGCGGUCUCUCCCAGUUCCUGCCGCGCGAAAGACAUUCCGUCCGACGUGGCGAAGGCAUCUUUUCAGAAGGAAGGCGGCGACCGAAACGACCUUUUUCAGCUGUACGAGAAGAACAAGUCGACAACGCCCGGGUCCGCGUCUUCGGCUUCUUCUCUCGGAGACGGCGCCCGACAAGACACGUUCUUGGACUCGCGUGAAGAGGCAGAAGAGAAGAACCGAGAGAGCAAAGACGCGAGGCUUCUGGGCUUGGCUGAGAGCGGCGUGGAUUCGGGAGCGACGAGCCUCGCGCGGUUUGCGAUGGCAACCGGAGGUGCCGAGAGCCUAGGAGGCGCGUCCGCUCGCGCGCCCCAUUUGUCGACACACCAGCCGUCGUCUCUUGCCGCAGAGGAAGGCGGCUCCGGUGCACGGUCUCCGCGUGCCUCCCUGGAGCACGAGCAGACGGGCGGACUGAGUCAGCGAAGCAGUCGCAACUCUCAGCUGUCGGCCAGAAUAGAAAACGCGGGAUUCGCGAAGCCCUCGGCCGGAGGGGCGUACCCAGGACUGCUUUUCUCAGGGACGAGUGCCGUGACCGGGAAACCCGACGCAGGCGGCAAAGGAUCCACUGUCUGUGUCUGUCAGGCGAGUCGGUACAUGUCUCGGCAGAAGGCGCACUACGAGCAGCAACUGCGGCGCGUCGAGGAGGAGCGAGACCAGCAGCAGCAGCGGCGACGCCUGUUGGCGGAGCAAGAGGCACAGGUCGCCUUGCUUCAGAGCCAAGUGCAGAGACAGCGCGAAGGCGUGAUGGAGGAAGAAAAGCAUCUGCGGGAAAUGCGGGCGCAAGUCACGGCGGAGCGCGAAGCGAUGGAAGCGAGAUGGCAGCAGUUCGAGAAACAGCGCCAAGAACUCCUCGAGAAGAAGGAGAAAUGGCGAAAAACUGCGCAGCAGAAACGCGACGAGCUCCAGGCGUUCAGCCUCCGCAUUCGGGCUGAUAAAAAGGAACUCGACGAAAAGAAGAAGGAAGUUGCCAGGGACACAACUAGCCUCAAAGACAAGAUUGAAAGUAGAGAACAAGACAGUUUGAACAGGCAGCGCGUUGAAUUGGAGGAACUCCGUUUUUCUCUGGAUCGGGAGAAGGCCGAACUGGGUGCGCGCAUCUCUGCAACCGAAGACGAGAGACGCCGCCUGAAGAAGAAGGAAGAAGAGCUGGCUCGUCGCGAAGCCAAGGCGCAGAGCAAAGAGGAAGAGCUGCGCCGGGAGGAAAUGGAGGUGGAGCGGCGGACGCAGGCUGUGGCUCUGAAGGCGGAAGAAGAGGAGCAGAAAGAACUGGACCGCGUCUCGCUCUGGAGGCAGAAAAACGAAGAGCUGGAUCGGCGGGCGCGACUCCUCCACGAACAGGAGACGGAGAUGGAUGCGAGGGCGCAUGCGUUGCGGAGGCAAGAGACGGAGAGGAAGCGCGAGGACGAGAGAGAAAAGAAGAAGCUGCAGCAGCUGCAGGAUGCGUUUUUGGAGGAGAAGAAGAACUUUGCGCGCGAGAAGGGCCGUGUGGAGGCGCAGCUCGACGAAGAGAAGAAGAGACUCGCGGAGGAGAAGAAGGCGCUGGAGCACGACAGGAAGAACUUCGAGGCGUACGUAGAGGAAGAGCGAGCAAAGUGGGGAGAAGAGCGUCGGGCGGCCAACGCAGAGUUCGACAAGAAGAAGAAGGAGUGGGAGGAAGAGCGAAGCAGCGGAGAAGCUGAGCUCGUGGCGGCGCAGGAAAGGAUCCACAAGACAGAGAAGGAACUCGAAGAAGAGGAGAAACGGAGGUCCGAGGAAACGAAAAAACUGACGCAGGAACUCCUGGACGAGAAGGAAAGGAUCGCGCGACAGCUGGCAGACCAAGAGCAGAUGCGUGCGAUGCUUUCAGCUGAGAGAGAAAAGCUUCAAGAAGAAAGAGCCCGAAGCGGAGAGGCUCUGCAGAGAGAAAGAGAGAGACUGGAAGAGGAGAACGGCCGCGAAACCCAGCGACUUGAAGCUCAGAGAGAACGCCUCAAGGAGAAAGAGGCGGAGAUCGACGCUGAGAAGGAGCGGUGGCAGGCGGAGCGCGAGGCUGUGGAGUCGCGCCUGCGAGAAGAAGAAGAGAAAGUUGAGCAGGGGCGACGACUGCUGUCCCAGCAGAGAGAGGCCUUUGAGGAAGACGUGAGGAAGGAGCGAGAACAGUUUCGCGCGGAGCAGGAGGCAGUCCUGGCUGACUUUCGAUCGCAGUGCCAGGCGGCGGAGCGCGAGUUGGGCGAGCAGAAGGCGCAGCAGGAGGAAAUGAUUGAGGAGGAGCGGCAGCGCCUCCUUCAGUCUGAAGAAAGGCAGCAAGAGGCGUACGCAGAGCAGAUCAAUCAACUGCGGAGCCUCGAAGAAGAAGUGCACCAGCAGAAACUGCAUCACCAGCAAGAUGUGUCGCGUCACCUCGAACGGGAAGAGGCUCUGUUCGAGAGAGAACGACGCGUGCGAGAAGACGAGCAGAGCGUCCAAGACGAGAAGCAGAAGCUGAGCAAGGAGAAACAAGGAGUGGCGCGUCAGCGACGGCAGCUGGAGGAGGCGCAGACCCACCAGAAACAAGUCGAGGCCGCUCUGAAGAAGGAGCGGGAAGAGAUCGAGAAGAAGGUGGAGAGCUUGCGAGACCAGGUGCUGCGAGUUGCCGAAGUCGACGAGAAGUUUGCGCGUCUUCGCGAGGCUGAAGACGCGCUUGAAAUUGAACGGGCCGCGUUUGAAGCCGAGAAAGAGAGCUUCAAGAGAGAGAAGGAGCUAAUCGACGCGCAAGUGGGAGCGUGGAGAAGGAAGCUGAGCCAGCGAGAACAGGAGGUCGGCCGAAGAGAGAGAGAGGCCUCGACUCGGCUGCGCGAUCUGGAGACGCAGGAAAAAGUGCACAAAGUCCGCAUGGAGGAAGAGGGACUCGCAAACAAGAGCGUCAAACAAGCAAGCGGGUCUGUGAACACCCGAAGGGGCGUGUCCGUCUCCGGCGCCGCGACUGGCAGGGCGCCGAGUGUCUCCCGACCGCUGUCGCGUGGAAAUGAGAGAAACGGAGAGGCGACUGAGCAGAGAGAGGGCGAACUGGGGAAGGACCGGGAGGGGAAGAAGGCAACCUCGAACUCUCGAACACGCUCGCUCUCCACGGAAAGACGGACGCGGGGAGUCGGCGCCGGCCUGGCUGGAGGGCCGAAACCCGCGGCGGGGCGGCGGACGCUGACGCCCGUUGACCAAGCCAGCCGAGGCCUUUCGAAAUGGGGCCGGAACGGCGCGGGAAGAGAGGGAGAAGCAGGCAAGGAGGGAGAGGCGAAGCGGGCGAACGGAGAAGCGGGGAGGACUGGAAAACGCCCUGGAGCGGCUGUUUGCGCGGAAAGCGUCGAUGAGUGCGAAGGCGAAGACACCGGGGCGUUCACACGAGAACGGGCGACGAGCGCUGCGUCUCUUCAGGACAAACCGGGGAAGGACGGAAAGGAUUUAAGUGGGAAACGCGACGGAGUGUCUCGGCUUCUUCCAGCUCUCCGGGGAGGCCAAAAGAGUUUUGCGCCUCCGGGCUCGUCCACAAGGGCUUCUUCGGUGGGGCGUGACGGCGGCGAGGAGCAAGACAAAGAAACAGAUCGUCGACCGACUCGUGGCAUCGGAGCUUCGGCGCGAAAGCCCCCGGUCCACGCUCUUCUCUCCAGUGCCGAUCGCAGCGACGGUCUUCCGCAAAAGAACCUUCCUUUCCCUCUCGCGUCUCCUGCAGGGGCUUCUCCUUCCAGGAAAGGGCUGACGGAGGGACAGACCGUCGCGUCUUCAGGAAGAGUGGAAGAGGGUGAGGACGCAAGGGAAGAAAAAGGCGGCAACGCAAAAAAAAUGGGGAUGUCGCGUCGCGCUGGUUUCUUUCCGUUGUUGCUUCUGUUUUUUUCAGCGGCCAUCUUUGCACGCGAAACUUUCCCCCGAGUCUCGCACCUGGCGGCAAGUCGACAGAGUUGCAGCACCAGCGCCCUGUCACAUCCUUUUCCUUCUUCCUCUCCUGUUCGCGACUCUCCUGAUAAAACACCCGGACAUUCGUCCUCCUCUGUAUAUUCGCCCUAUACUUUCCGUUUUUCGUCGUUUUUGAAGCAACAGGCGUCUUCGAUGGGGGAGGGAGAAGAUGACGAUGCCAAGAGAACGAAUCCCAGCAGUGAGACUCAGUGUCCUGGGGUGUCUUCCUUCUCAUCCGAAGAGAAGUCGUCCGCUCCCUCCGCUGGCCGUCAGUUCUCUUCUCUUGGUCCGAGCUUGCCGCCAGUCACAGCGUCGCGCACUGAGAGAGAAGAAGGAAAGCAAGCUCGUGUGUCUCCUUCUGUCUCUUCGCGGAGCUCCUUCUGUGUGUCGCCUCUGUCGCUGAACGGCCUCUCGACCGGGACCUUCGACCGCAGCCGUGUUGAGAGGAGCCAGGAGGCUCCACAAGGUGACGGCGAGGCGUCGUCCCCAAGACGUGGUACAGCUGUGGGAACUGCGGGGCACGAGGAGACACAGAGAAACGUGUUGAUGGAUCGAGAAGAGAGAACGGCGUCGUCUUCGUUCUUUUCUUCUUGCAGCCUCGCACACCCAGUGUCUUCCAGAAUUUCUGCAAGCGCCACUCUACGGGAAGAACGUUCCAGGUCGUCUGUAGAGAGGAGCAGGGAAGACGAAGAACGACGCAGAGAUGAAGAGCAUAGAGAAGUGUCCGUGGCAGGUGGUAGCUCGGCGAGCCUCUCCACUCAGACACGAGCGAAAGAGACAGUAUACAGAAGGGAGGGAACAGGGGGGCCAGCGAAGAGAGGCAGAGGGGACAGAGACGACAGUGGGUCUUUUCUUUCCGGAAAAGGUGAUGGUUUUUCUGGUCGAGAAACGCUGUCAAGGACUCCGGUGAUGUCGCCAAGUGGAGUCUUGGGAAAGGAGAGGAGUGUUCUGUCGCGUACGGGAAGCACAGAACAAGAGACAGAAGAAAGAGGGAACUCGCAGCCGUUAAGGCAUGAGUUGCAGAGCCCUCGAAGUCGACAGGCGUGGAAGGACCGUCUUGCAGCAGCUUGUGCGCCGCGAAGGUCAAUCCCUCUCACAGAGGCCGAAGACGACAAGGAGGCUAGGUCCCCCUUUCUUGACUCGCUCCGUAGUGAAACAAAUAGGAACCGGAAAGAAGGAGAGUCACCUUUUUCCUCUACAUCUGUAUACCGACGCCGUGAAGACGACGAAGGAAAAAUUAGAGGAACCAUGUUCAGGAAGAGCGGUGAAGCAGGGAGCAGCGGAUCCUUCAAUGCUCGAGAAUCGGUGAUCUCUCAUCUGUCUGCUUUCAAUCCAGCUGAAGAUAAUUCCGAUUAUGGAAGUGGAGAGAAUAGCCUUUCCGGAUUGGGAUCUUCGAGUCGGAUCAGCACAGGAAGGGGGAAGACGUCACGUGCAGGGCGAUGA